GCACCACCAAUCUCGCCUCCACUCCUGCCUGCAAUCUACUCCUCCGAGGAAAUCCACCACCCACCCUAGCGGGAAGGAGCCAUGUCUGGGCGCGGCAAGGGUGGCAAGGGGCUCGGCAAGGGCGGCGCGAAGCGCCACCGGAAGGUGCUGCGCGACAACAUCCAGGGCAUCACCAAGCCGGCGAUCCGGCGGCUGGCGAGGAGGGGCGGCGUGAAGCGCAUCUCGGGGCUCAUCUACGAGGAGACCCGCGGCGUGCUCAAGAUCUUCCUCGAGAACGUCAUCCGCGACGCCGUCACCUACACCGAGCACGCCCGCCGCAAGACCGUCACCGCCAUGGACGUCGUCUACGCGCUCAAGCGCCAGGGCCGCACCCUCUACGGCUUCGGCGGCUAGGCUGAUGGCUUGGCUCCCCCUUCUGCAGCUGCGACGUUGUCUGGCCGUGCCCACAAGUCUUGCGGUCAAGAAAGUUUCAGGAACUCUUGGUAGUUCAUCUCUGGCUGUAGUAGGUUUAUCCGAAUUGUAAGACUGUAGCAAGUUUAUUUGAAACAUGAAGCAGUAAUGAAAUUAUGUGCAUCUGAUGUUGGAAAUCAAGCGUGUUGUGCAUCCUGUCACUCUUCAAUGCAAAUGAAUGUAGUAUUCUGGUA